AUUCUUAAAAGCAUAUGCAUAUCAAAACCAUUCUUUUGAGUGAAGGAUCAUCAUCAAAUGUGUUCCUUACGGAGGAUCCAAAUUAUGUUAUGAAAGAAUAUAAAACAAUGUACCCUGUAUAAAUGAGAUUAAAGGAAGCAUAAAUUUUAGAGAUUAUUCGAAGUGAUCACAUAGUAAAAUUGAUUACCUUUACGGAUAAUUAUUUAAUAUUAGAAAGACUAUAAUCUUAUGAUUUAUUUGAAAUAAUAAAAUCACAAAGUCUAGAUCAUAAACAAAUAAAAGAAACUUGUAAAACUUUGAUAAGAAUAAUAAACUAAACUCAUAAGAUGUAGGUGGUCCAUCGUGAUAUAAAAUUAGAGAAUAUUUUAAUUGAUAAAAAUGGAAAACUAGUUUUAUGUGAUUUUGGAUUCGCUGAGUUGUUAUCUAAUUGUGCAGUCAAAAGAACUGUGGGUACUUUAAAUUAUAUGCCUCCAGAAUUACAUUAGGAAUCAGUAUUAGGUGGAAUAAAUAGUGAGAACAUAAAUACUCAAAUCCUAAUAAAAUCUGAUGUAUUCUCACUUGGAGUUACAGUUUUUUAAGUCAUUUUAGGAUUUCAGCCAUUUACUUCAACAAAACCAACUGCUAAUUGUAAAUUAUGGAAACUUAUACAACAAAAAAAAUGGCCUUAAUAUUGGACUCUAGUUUAGAAAUUGUCUAAGCUUUAAAUUGACCCACUUACAUAAAAUUUCUUGGAAUAAUUUUUACAACCAGAUACUACAUCAAGAGCUACUUUAGAUGAAAUAUACUCUCAUCCAUUUCUAGAUGAUACAAAUGACAAUGUUCAUUUAAUUUUCUGA